UCGGUCGUUCCUGCUGGGUCAAGCGGGCGGCUGGUCCUCGGCGCCUCUGCCCUGCAAAAUGCUCUCCAAAAGCAAUCACUUGCUGAGGAAAUUCACCACCACGGCCAGGGACUAUUAUCAAAACAAACUAAAGCUAGCUUUAAUAGGCCAGAGUCUGUUUGGACAAGAAGUCUACAAGCAUUUGCAAAAAGAAGGGCACAAAGUUGUGGGAGUGUUCACAGUCCCAGACAAAAAUGGAAAAGCGGAUCCUUUGGCAUCAGCUGCAGAAAAGGAUGGAACUCCAGUGUUCAAAUUCCCAAGGUGGAGAGUUAAGGGCAAACCUGUCCAGGAAGUUCUUGAAGCCUAUAAAUCAGUUGGUGCAGAACUGAAUGUCCUUCCAUUCUGCACACAGUUCAUUCCCAUGCAGGUUAUUGAAGGUCCAAAGCAUGGUUCUAUUAUUUACCAUCCCUCAAUCCUUCCUCGCCACCGAGGAGCAUCUGCAAUCAAUUGGACUUUAAUUCAAGGAGAUAAGAAAGCUGGAUUUUCAGUUUUUUGGGCAGAUGAAGGUUUGGACACCGGACCAAUUCUUCUGCAGAGGGAAUGUGAUGUUGGCCCAAAUGAAACCGUUGAUGACCUGUAUAAUCGGUUUCUUUUCCCAGAGGGAAUAAAAGCUAUGGUAGAAGCUGUGCAGCUAAUUGCUGAUGGCCAAGCUCCUCGACUACCUCAGUCUGAAGAAGGUGCUACAUAUGAAGGCAUCCAGAAGAAAGAAAAUGCACAGAUUUCUUGGGAUCAACCAGCUUCUGCUUUGCACAACUGGAUCAGAGGACAUGAUAAAGUACCUGGAGCCUGGACAGAAAUUAAUGGCCAGAUGGUUACUUUCUAUGGUUCAUCCAUUCUUGAUGGCUUAACACCUCCAGGUGAAGAGCUGGAAAUAAAAGGUGCUGCAAAACCUGGUCUGGUAACGGACAAUGGUCUGGUUCUGUUUGGCAAUGAUGGAAAGAUGUUGCUAGUAAAGAAUCUUCAGUUUGAAGAUGGAAGAAUGAUCCCAGCAUCUAAAUACUUCUCCACUGAUGAGAUGGCUAUUAUAGAACUUACUGAAGAGGAGAAGAAGAUGGCAGAAAAUAUUAAGUCCAUUUGGAAGGGAAUUUUGAGCAAUGUGGCUAUAAUUGAGGACACCACUGACUUCUUUAAAGCUGGAGCAACGUCAAUGGAUGUGGUUAGGGUGAUUGAAGAGAUCAAGCAAAAAUGUGCUGGACUUGAACUUCAGAAUGAAGAUAUCUACAUGGCCCCCAAAUUUGGUGAUUUUGUUCAAAUGGUAGUCAGAAAGCACAGGGGAGAAGAUAAGGAGGAAGAAUUAGUGAUAGAUUAUGUUUCAAAAUACAUUAACCAUAUGACUGUAAAGAUGCCAUAUCAAUGUUUUAUCAAUGGGAAAUUUGUAAAUGCUGAAGAUGGAAACACAUAUGACUCUAUAAACCCAACAGAUGGAUCAGUGAUUGCUAAAGUGUCACUCGCUACAGUGAGUGAUGUUGACAAAGCAGUGGCAGCAGCAAAGGAUGCCUUUGAAUAUGGUGAAUGGGGAAAGAUGAAUGCAAGAGAAAGAGGACAAUUAAUGUACAGACUUGCAGAUCUGAUGGAAGAACAUCAAGAAGAGCUGGCAACCAUAGAGGCUAUUGACUCAGGAGCUGUGUACACAUUAGCUUUGAAGACCCAUGUAGGAAUGUCAGUGCAAACAUUCCGUUAUUUUGCUGGAUGGUGUGACAAAAUACAGGGUUCUACCAUUCCAAUAAACCAAGCACGACCAAACCACAAUUUAACGUUCACCAGAAAAGAACCCUUAGGAGUCUGUGCUAUUGUUAUUCCAUGGAAUUAUCCACUGAUGAUGCUGGCAUGGAAGAGUGCAGCAUGUUUGGCUGCUGGCAAUACUUUAGUCCUGAAACCAGCACAGGUAACUCCGUUGACUGCCUUGAAAUUUGGAGAGCUCUCUGUGAAAGCAGGAUUUGCUAAAGGCGUUAUCAAUAUUUUACCUGGUUCAGGAGGUUUAGUAGGACAACGCUUAUCAGAACACCCAGACAUCCGUAAACUUGGGUUCACUGGCUCAACACCAAUUGGGAAACAUAUCAUGAAAAGCUGUGCUGUCAGUAACCUGAAGAAGGUUUCUCUGGAACUAGGUGGAAAAUCCCCACUGAUCAUAUUCAAUGACUGUGAGCUUGACAAAGCUGUGAGAAUGGGCAUGGGAGCAGUAUUCUUCAACAAAGGAGAGAAUUGCAUUGCAGCUGGUAGACUGUUUGUGGAAGAAUCCAUUCAUGAUGAGUUUGUUAAAAGAGUGGUGGAAGAAACCCGGAAGAUGAAAAUAGGUGAUCCACUUGAUAGAGCUACAGACCAUGGACCUCAAAAUCACAAAGCACAUUUGGAAAAGCUUCUGGAGUACUGUCAAACUGGAUUAAAAGAAGGAGCAACUUUAGUAUGUGGAGGAAGACAAGUAUGUAGACCAGGCUUCUUCAUGGAACCUACCAUAUUUACUAACGUUGAGGAUGAUAUGCAUAUUGCCCAUGAAGAAUCUUUUGGGCCAGUAAUGAUCAUUUCCAAGUUCAAAGAUGGAGAUGUUGAUGGAGUGUUGGAACGAGCCAACAGAACAGAAUAUGGUUUGGCUUCAGGUGUUUUCACCAAAGACAUAAGCAAAGCACUGUAUGUCAGUGACAAACUGGAAGCUGGAACUGUUUUUAUUAACACCUAUAACAAAACUGAUGUGGCAGCACCAUUUGGUGGAUUCAAGCAGUCUGGUUUUGGAAAGGAUUUAGGUGAAGAAGCUCUUAAUGAGUACCUGAGAACAAAAGCUGUAACUGUGGAGUACUGAGCAGCUCAGCCAAGAAGCCCCACUUCUUCCUCUGAUCCAAGGCAACUACAGGAUUACAAACAGAAAAAAAUGUAGAAAAUGCUUCCUGACAUGAAAAUGCAAGCCAGUAUCUUGGUGCAAUGAGCCAAUUAAGAACAUCUGCAUUUAUUCACAGUAAAUGGAGUGGAGUUCAACACUUGCUAUGGAUUAAUUAUUAA